AUGUCCUUUGACUUUGGCUCUUCCAACAGCAACAGCAACGAUCCCACUUCCGACUUUGUCUCCAAGUUCCCCGACCUGGACGGAGAGGGAGGCGAUGCAGCCCUCACUGCUGCUGCCACUGGCACUGGCACUGCUGGCGGAAUGAGCAGUACGGGCGGAGGUGCUCCUGGUGGAUGGGGAGAGGAAGACGAUAUGGAUCUUCUUGGUGGGGGAGCUUCUAGUGGAAGUGCACCCGUGGGGAAUGAGAAGCCGAGGGAUGAGAGGGAGGCAUUUGAGAGUAGUUUCCCGGAGCUUGAUGAUCCGGAUUUGAACGGAGGAGGAGGAAGCAGCGCGCCUAUUGAUGCUCAGCCCACUGUGAGCGCCAGCAAUACCCAAGUCUCCGGUCGUGGUCCCAGUCCAUCCCACUUUGAAGCCUCGUCUACAAAUCGCUUCACCAAUCAAUUCGACGAUGAAGAAGAACCCGAACCUAUGCGAGAAUGGCGUCACACUCAAGGAGACUUGAUCGCUCGACGUGAUGCCGAAGGAGAACGUCGUAAAGCCGAAGCCGUCUCUCAAGCAGAACGCGAUAUUGAUCAAUUCUACAAGGAGUAUAAUGCUAAAAAAGAAAAGAGUAUUGCAAAGAAUAAAGAGGUGGAGGCGGAAUUUACUGAAAAGAGGAACAGGGAAUUGGCAGAGGGGACUACUUGGGAUCGGAUUACCAAGUUGGUUGAAUUGCAGAAUUCGCAGAGUAAGACGAUUGCUCCUGGAGGACCGGGAAGUACGGAUUUGUCCAGGUUCAGAGAGCUGCUGCUCUCUCUUCGCAGGGAAGGAGAAACCGCCCCCGCUGCCGGUGGCUACUAG